AUGUCUCACAAAUCAAGCGCAGAUUUCAGUCCAAACUUUAUCCGGACUAGCUGGUCAAAUUUGGACAGCACAAACAGAAAGAGUUCUUCCGACCGAGUACCAACGAAAGAAUCUAGAAGCUCUUUUUUCGAGUCGUCCGAAAGGGUCCAAGGAGACCCCAAAACAAACAACAAUGCUACCCCAAAUCUAUUCACAAAGCAGUUUCGGAGCCAAAACAGCUUCAGAAAACUAGCUGCGUCAUCCACUUUAGGCGAUCUGAACCUUUCGCCUAAUUUUUCCUCUAGUUCGAAUCGGGCGCCUCUUAGACUUCAGGCGAGUGUGGACUGCUAUCCAGCGUCAAGAAGCCAAACGAGACCCCGAGCACCGACAAUUAGCAGUUUAGGCCGAAGUUCAUCCGUCCGAGCGAGUGCCGAGAACGACUUCAACGCCGCCAACGCCUACACUGAUUUUUACCCCCAUAAACGAAAAACGAGUUUCAAAACUCACCCCAAGAGUUUCAAAACCCAAUCGCAGACAUCUUUGAGUUCUUACAGCCAAAAAGGAGCCUUACGCUACUCGAACUCGGGGGGCAGAAACAGUAUCGAUUUGACGAAUCCCACUAAGCAGGUUUCGAUUUUGAAGCCGAACUUAAAACAUGCAAAUACGAUCGCAAGUCUGACUUACGAAACAGCCGAGCUGCUGGGCACUCCGAAUAUGAACAGAUUCUGGGAACCACAGGCGGAGAAUAGCGAACUGCCUAAAAAGCCGAUGUUCGCCGGUCACAUUCGGAAGCUGAAGUCGUCAGUUCGUCACUUUAUCCAGCCGACUGAGAACAGACUGGCACUGAAGUUGUUCGGCAGCAAAAAGGCAGUGCUGAAGGAGAGGAAGAGGUGUGAGGAGGAGGCCCCCUGGAUCAUUCACCCCUACAGCACCUUCAGGCUGAGUUGA